AUGUCAAAGCAAAGCGGUGGACCUAAAUUGAUUCAAAAAGCCAAGCUAAUUAUUUGGGACGAAGAGCCUAUAUCCAGCCAUCUGGCAAUUAAAACAGUUGAUAGGAGCUUCAGAGAUAUACUGGACAUUAAUGAACCAUUUAGUGGAAAAGUAAUAGUUUUUGAAGGAGAUUUUCGUCAAGUACUUCCAGUAAUUCCAAAAUCUACAAGAGCUAAAAUGGUAAAUUCAAAUUUGGUAAAAUCAUACUUAUGGCGUCACAUGGAAAGGAUUAAGUUUACAAGAAAGGUGAGAGCAAGAACAGAUCCAUCUUUCAGUGAAUUCUUACUGCGUAUGGGUAAUGGGGAGGAGCCUACAAUAAGAGAUGAUUUGGUAUUUCUUCCAAAAGAAUUGGUUACUCAAAAUGCGAGUAGUAGUACUGGUGAAGAUACAUUAGUAGAACAAAUAUUUCUGUCGAUGGAUAAAAAUGUAAGUUGUGCAAAAUACAUGACAGAACGGGCUAUCCUAGCAAACAGAAAUGAAUACGUCGAUCAACUAAAUGAAAUGUUAAUUUUUAGAUUUCCAUGUAAAAGUAGAAUAUUUCUGAGUUUUGACUCUGCAUAA